UUCGGGGCUGGCCGAUGGGGUCAGUCCUUCCUUCCUGGAAGGUGGCCUUUGAAACCAGCCGGUAUUUCCUCAAAGGCUUCUCGGGGGAAAGUCCCCACAGUGCCGUUCCCGCGGCUGGGGCUGCCUCACCACCCACCACCUCCAUAAAACCGCGGGCAGGCAGCAGCAAGCAGCAGCAGACAGCGGUGAGCAGGCACGAGGACAUCGCACCAUGGGCAACUGGCUGGUCAACCACUGGUUCUCAGCCGCCGUCCUCGCAGCCUGGCUGGGCAUCAACAUCUUCCUCUUCACGUACUACUUUCUGUAUUUUGACCGGGAUGAUCAGUACUUCUACACCAGGGCCAUCCUUGGGUCCGCCUUGGCGUGGGCACGAGCAUCGGCCAAGUGCCUCAACUUCAACAGCAUGCUGAUCCUACUGCCUGUCUGCCGCAACCUCCUCUCCUUCCUCCGCGGGACCUGCUCGUGCUGCCGGCGAACCCUGCGGAAGCAGCUGGACCACAACCUCACCUUCCACAAGCUGGUGGCCUAUAUGCUGGCCUUGCUCACAGCUGUGCACACCAUCGCCCACCUCUUCAACCUGGAGCGCUACAACCAGAGCCAACAAGCCACUGACCGCAGCCUCCCCGCCAUCCUCUCUGAUAUGCACCUGCAGGGCAGCAACAAGUGGCUGAACCCCAUUCACUCCAACCAGACGACCGUGGAAUAUGUGGCCUUCACCACCAUCCCAGGGCUGACAGGGGUCAUCAUCACUCUGGCGCUCAUCCUCAUGGUCACAUCCUCCACCGAGUUCAUCCGCAGGAACUACUUCGAGGUCUUCUGGUACACGCACCACCUCUUCGUCAUCUACUUCAUCGGCCUUGUCAUCCACGGUGUCGCAGGGCUGGUACGUGGGCAGACAGACGAGAGCAUGGAGGAAGUGCAUCCCCACCGCUGUGCCCGCUAUCUCACACAGAAGGAAGAGAACUGCUGGCACAACUGCUGCAAAGAGCCUGAGUUCGGGAGCAUCCCCGCUGAGUCCUGGAAGUGGGUUCUGGCCCCUGUCAUCCUCUACAUCUUCGAGCGGCUUCUCCGGGUCUGGCGUGCACGGCAGAAGGUGGUUGUCACCAAGGUGGUCAUGCACCCUUCCCGUGUGCUGGAGCUGCGGAUGCAGAAGAAAGGCUUUCGUAUGGAGGUGGGGCAGUACAUCUUUGUCAACUGCCCUGCCAUCUCCCUGCUGGAGUGGCACCCCUUCACCCUCACCUCAGCGCCCGAGGAGGACUACUUCUCCAUCCAUAUCCGGGCGGCUGGUGACUGGACAGACCGUCUCAUUGACACCUUCCAGCAGCAGAAUCCAAAGAUGCCCAGGAUCGAGGUGGAUGGCCCCUUUGGCACGGCCAGCGAAGAUGUGUUCCAGUACGAGGUGGCCAUGCUGGUAGGAGCAGGCAUCGGUGUCACCCCCUUUGCCUCCAUCCUGAAGUCCAUUUGGUACAAGUUCCAGCAGGAUGACCAGACCCUCAAGACCAAGAAGAUCUACUUCUACUGGCUGUGCCGGGACACGGAAGCCUUCACCUGGUUCAAUGACCUGCUCGCUUCGCUGGAGCAGAAGAUGGCUGAGUCGGGCAAAGCGGACUUUCUCACCUACCGGCUCUUCCUCACUGGCUGGAACACCAGCAUUGCCAACAACGUGGCGCUCCGCUUCGACACUCCUACGGACACGGUGACAGGCCUCAGGCACAAAACCAUCUUUGGGCGGCCCAUGUGGAACAGUGAGUUUGCAGCGGUGGCUGCAGCCCACCCCAGGUCGGUGGUCGGCGUGUUCCUCUGUGGGCCAGGGGCCUUGGCAAAGAGCCUGCAGAAGUCUUGCCACCAGCACUCCAGCCUGGACCCCAGGAAGGUCCAGUUCUACUUCAACAAGGAGAACUUUUAAGCAGGAAGCCAGGCUGGGUAGAGCAUGGCCAAGGAUAAGCAUCUGCUGAAGAGUGUGUGCACUGAAGCCAGGCGAGACAUGGCAAGGUUCUCCUUCUCCAUGAGAAACUCCAGGUUCAAAUACUGCUGCCCUCUUCACCUGGUCUACAAGGGGUCCUCACAGGGGGUGCAGGCCUGUAUUGUGAAAAAAGCGGAGCAAGGUGCUGCGAUUCUGCUGCUGGAGCAGUGGGAAAUGGGGCAGCGCCCAGCGGGCUGGGCAGAAGCAUGGGACAGGGAUGGGGACAGGACAGGGACAUUCCGAGAAUGCCCUGGGGGCCAAAUGUGCCCCUCUAGGCUUAACCAGUCCUUUGUGUAAAAGGGUAAAUUAAACUUUAUUUUCUUUGCAAUAAAA